ACGUCAGCAUUAAUUUCUUUUUCGACUAAUGUUUUGAUUUGUUGAAGUCUCUAUUGGCACAAGUUUUUUUUCUUUUACUUUUAUUUCAUUAUCUAAAACAUAUUAUUAUUAAAUGUCAAAUAAUUCUGGAAAAGGAUGGGAAACCGUCGUUAACAAAAAAAAGGGUCAUAUAACGAAAUCUGAUGUGAAACGCGCUCAACAAAGCUUUAUUGAUGGUGGAAAUAAAAUCCCAAAAGUAUCGAGCAGAGACCCUCUAAAAGUAGAGAAAACUGGAUUUGAAGUUGCAUUUAAUGAAAGUAAAGAAGAAAAGAUACCUUCUAUGGUGCCACUAGAACAUUCUAGCGAUGAAAAACAUACUAAUUCUCCUCGAUCACGUCCUUUAAAAAAAAAGACCAUACCUAAGGCACCUAUUGUGUUUAACAUGGAAGAAAAGAUUCAGUCGAUCAAUGCAGUUCGGUUGCAGGAACAAAUUAAAGAUAUUCAACUAAAGUUUCCAGUUCAUCAGCUGAUAUGGUUAAAGGAAAUUGCGACCUGGCUUCAAUUAGAACUUACUGGACCAAGUGAAAAGGCAGAUCUUGCUUUAUUAAACAAAAAACAAGGUUAUCCUUGUGAUUCAUUGUCAAAAAAUGUAAGUGGAAUGUUAGUAGAGCUGAUGAAAAAAUGUGAUAGGAAUACUCUCAGUAGCUUCUUUGUGUUUCUUGUUGCUUCUUUAGCUGACGAAAUACAGAAAGGUCAUGCUACAGCUGCUCUUCGCAUUUUUAUUCAAUUAAUGGCUCAAGUUCAACCGGAAGUUUUUGUUGAAAAUUGCAAUGAAAUUGUCAGUGGUAAAUCGAAAAAUAGUGAUGCUUACAUUGCUGUUAUAUGGGCCUUUUCACAAAAUACUAGCAGCAUUAAAGAUGGAAUUUCAAUAUGGUGGUCGGCCAUGUUUAAUGGUGUAUUGGACAAAAAACAUCAUGCGGCUGCAUCACUUCAUUUUCUUAAAAAUUUACUUCAAAAUGUAAAUACAACGAAAGUGGACAGACAAGUUAUCGACAGCGAUCAAAUGUUACAGUUGAUAGAAACUAUGGUUGGUGAUCAAUCUAUUCUAUCACAUACUCCAAGUUUAAUGAAUGAUAUGAAGAGUCAUUUUCAAUGCUUCAAAGUCCUUUUAAUGACUAAUCAACCUGAAGAAACAUCAAAAUCCUGUUUUAUUAACUUUUUUCAGAGCUUACGAAAAUAUUCAGACUUGAAGAUUACAAACUUGAUAUGUGAGCUUUUAGUUUAUUGUCUUUCACAAAACAAGAAAUGCAUGGAUUGGUGGGUUUCAAAUGUUAUUCAUUAUAUGAGGGAAUCUAGUAUUCUUCUAAAGUAUAUCCAAGGAUAUUCUGAUGUUGUUGUUAAACAGUUGCAAUCCAAACAAAAAUACCGUAGUCCAAUACUCGCAACUUUAGGAUCAAGCAUAAUUCAACAACUUGAUGUAGCAAAUGAGAAAGGAAGGUUUGAAAAAAAAAAUGGUUUUAAAGACUGCAGAAAGAUAUGCUCCGGAUUUAUUCGUUCACAAAAUGAAGUCAAUCGAUCUAAAUCCUUUACAUGGAAACUAAUUAAAUUUUUGAUCUUAGCUCUUCUCUGUUUAAUUAUCAUGGACAUUUUCAAAAGCGGAAGUUAUCACGAUAGUUUAACUGGAAUAUAUCUUAAGAAGUAUGGUGUGGAGGAAAAAAUCGUUAUUGUUUUGCACUAUUUUAAGCAUCAUACAGACAGGUUACAACAAUUUUUAAACACGCAUGCUCCGUAUUAUUAUGGAAAAUUCAGUUACUAUGCCGACCCAAUAAUGGAAAGAGUGUGGAACUAUAUAUUCAUUUCCAGUGCUUUUUUUUACAAACAUAGUGAACCUUUACGUACAUUUUGUAAUCAAACAUUUCCACCUCUAUUUGAAAAAGUGACCUAUUUUGUAUCCGAACAAUAUCGUUUAUUAACAUCAUUGUUGGUGUCAACUUACGAACACUAUGGUCCUAUUUUGAAUGAGUUUUUCCUUUCCACUUAUGCUUGGUUGCGUACUUCGAUUCCAUUGGCUUUUAACUAUGUAGUCGAUGUUGCGAUAGCAGUCAAGUUGGCUGUAUAUCAACUGUGUCCAGAAAUAUUUGAUCAAAUCGUUAUUAUUAUACUGGAUGUAUAUAAAUAUUUAUGCAAAGUUACGCCAUUAGUUUUUGAUGCAGUUAAGCUUUUUACGAUUCAAUCUGUAAAUUCAAUUCGAUCUUAUAUUGACAUUGGACAAACUUGGAUGAAUCAGCAAUUUAGUGUCAUCUCGAUGGCUUCAAAAUGAUGUUCUUUUAAUAGCGUCGUCUAUAUGGCUUCGAAAUGAUGUUUUUAAAAUGGAAUUUCAAAAUAAAUUGAAAAUUAGAUUUUCGAUGUCUUUUGAGGGUGAAUAGUAAAUGUUUCUUUUGAAUUAA